UCAUCAUCGCAAAUACACGAAUGUUUGAAAAGGUAUAUAAUGUGAGUUUGAUUUUGCUCUCUUAUUCUGAGAUUGGAUGUCAGCAACAGCGAUGAGGAUUCUGCAGCUUUGUUUAAGUAUCUGCGUGGUCAUUUUGUUUUGUGAUCGUGGCAAAACUUCGAAUACUACGACUUUAAGAAGUCGGAAACCUACGAUUGGGCCCGUAUUUUUGAUGGUCAGCCGAAGUCCAAACCAACCGAAUGUAAUGCAAGUUUUGAUAAGAUUUUCUGGGCCUCCAGAUACAUUGGCUCAUGCUGAAUUAUAUGACGAUCUUGAUACAGUUCAAGUUUCUGGUGGGGAUUUUGUAUCAGUGGUCGAUUUUGAAGAAGGGAAUGAGAAUUUUAUCUUAGUACUUAAAUCUGAAGCAACUUCCGAAAGGGUGAUUUUCAAUGUGCGUCCGGUCAUUGGAUCCUAUAAAAUAAACCCAAAUUGUAACAUAGAUAUCACCUCUGCUGAUGUUGGAGAGAUAACAACAUACACCAUCGUAGUAUCAGAAUGUCCCAGAGAAGAAACUGAGGGGAAAUUGAAACAAUGGGGGCUGUGGCAUAAAUUGUUCAAAGGGAGAAAACACAUUCCAUCAGCAGAUUAUCUGACCAUAGAAAAAAACCAGCAGUCAACGCUGGGAAAUGUAACGACCGUAAGCUUCAACAGAUCCAGCCUGAUGAACAGCAAUGUCGAUAUGCUAUUGACUUUUUAUUUAUCUACUUAUUCACAAGACACCCUAGUACCUUGGAUUGAAUGGAAUUACAUCUUAGAUUAAAGAGAUACACUUCGCCGGUUGAUAUGGUUACAUUGAAGUUUGUUUUAUCUUAAUAAACCAUGAACAUUUGAUGUAUUCUUGACAAUAAAUAAAACCAUACUAAAUGUUCCAAG